CCCAUCGCUCGGAGGCGGCGGAGGUUCACCAUGUCGGCCGGGAGCGAGCGCUCGUACGCGACCCCGGCGGCGGUCCUGGCGGGCUUGUCGCGCGGAUCAGGUCCGUCCGUCUCCGGCGGCGGCGCCGCCGGCAGCGGGAGGAGCCAGGCGGAGGGCGGGACGAGGAGGAAGCCCCCGUUCCCCCUUGCGGCGGACGACACCAAGCCCGUCCUCCGCGACCCGAUCUCGCGGUCCGACCCCGUGGAGACGGAGCAGGCCGUGCUGCGGCUGCCGCCCUUCCCCUGAAGUCCGGCCGAUUCGUGAUGGAUGUCCAGUAGCUGUUGGUCUCCGGUUACAGGAACUGGUGGUGUUGCCGGUUGAUGACGAGUGCGAGGCCGUCGUGGUUUUUAAGGAAGAGGUUGUAGCAGUCAAGAAGCAGGGGGAAGCUCGUCAAGUAAGAUGGUUUUUAAGGAAGAGGUUGUAGCAGUCAAGCAGUAGGGGGAAGCUCGUCAAGUAAGAUGGAACUUGUAUCUUCCUGACGUCCACGCGUAGUGUCAUGAACAACAUCAACCAUCACAGAGACGUCUGUGUUCGAAGUGAUUUGGAUGGGCAUGCAUCACCAGAGUCAGGUUCAUUUCAACAGCACCGCACCCUGACCUCCCAGGCUGAUUUGGGCCACCAGCUGUGCAUUACUUAUUACUUAUAAGCAACACCAAUUUCUAACUAAUGUAUUUGCGGCAGGCAACUUCAUGUAUUAACUGUGUAAUGUUACUCUAUAUCUCCCUCACCUGAUCAGGACGACUGCCGUGUGGGACUCACUGCUAACUAAAUUUACACUGCAAGUCAAUGUAUAGAGCUAUGACUUACAUGGGCUUCGUAUUUCUCUAUAAAAAGCAGCAGGAUAUUUCACCUUCCGA